UCUCUCUCUCUCUCUCUCUCUCUCUCUUUCUAUUGAAAGUCCUAUAUUUCAGUCAACGCUCGGUGUAGGCAGUCCGGUUUGGUGCACUCAGCAGGGUAGAAGAAGAGCGGGAACACAGCAACACGAGGCCUAACCCACCUGUAUUCAUCUGAAAGCCACUACACAAAAACCAGCAUGGCAAACGUUGGUCCUUCUUUUGGUCUCUCCCGAGAGGUACAAAGCAAGAUUGAUAAGAAAUACGACUCAGAACUGGAGGAGAGGUUGGUGGAGUGGAUUGCCGUUCAGUGCGGCCCUGGAGUGGGCCGGCCUGAGCCGGCCAAGACCGGAUUCCAAAACUGGCUCAAGAACGGAUGUGUGCUGAGUGAGCUCAUCAACAGCCUGUAUCCCAGCAACAAGCCAAUAAAGAGCAUCAAGACCUCCGGCAUGGCCUUCAAGCAGAUGGAACAAAUAUCCAUGUUCCUCAAAGCAGCAGAAAACUAUGGAGUCACCAAAACGGACAUAUUUCAGACCGUAGACCUCUUUGAAGGAAAGGACAUGGCUGCUGUGCAGAGGACUUUGAUGGCUCUGGGUAAUUUGGCUGUCACAAAAAGCGAUGGGUGUUACAAAGGAGAUCCCAACUGGUUCCACAGGAAAGCCCAAGAGAACCGGAGAGAUUUCUCAGAGGAACAGCUGACUGAAGGCAAAAAUGUCAUCGGCCUGCAAAUGGGCACAAAUAGAGGAGCAUCUCAAGCUGGAAUGACGGGCUACGGGCGACCCCGGCAGAUCAUCAAUAACCCGUGAAUCCACGACACGCCUUCGUCUGCCCUCUGAAAGGCCAGAGAGGACCACGAGGAGAAGAGUAAUCUGACUGUUUGCGAGGAUAAACUGGACUAAAACGGGAACCUAAUAGGUCAUCUGCACGUACUUUAUGUUGAGCAGGCCUAGACAAAUAGAUACCCUGAAGUAAAGUUUUUCCUGAACAAUAACGCCAGUUAUUUUGCAUGUUUUAUCCCACUUCCUAUUAAAAAUAGUGUGCUUAACCAAAACCUUCCAAACAUACAGAGGUUUCAGUUCAUGAUCAAAUCAGCUUGCAUUUUACAUUUAGUUUGCAUUAUUCUUAUUUUUAGCAGCUCCAUCAUUGGAGCAUUCAAUUUCUAAACAUGAUCUACUGGUGCAUUUAAGAACACUCCUGUUUUGAACAUAUGAGACAUUUUAAUCAAUGAAACAACCAAAUCCCUUAUUUAUGUGUUACAGUCCAUGUAAUGUAGCUAUAAAUUCUUGGACUUCAGGUUGUACUUGAAUGCAUCCCGAAGGAUCAUUUUGAAAAAGUUCUGACAUAGUCAAUUGUAAGUCUUUUUAAAACGUGAAUCGCCAAACAUAGAAAACAGUCAUGUUUGUUUUUACUGCUCCACAACACGAUCAAUAUGUCGUACCUUCCUUUUAACGUUUAAUAACGUGGUGUAUACUGAGAAUGAUUUUGAAAUAAAGUUUGAUUUACAUUUAAAGAA